AUGAAGGUGCGGGUGGCCAGAUGUGACCCACAGAUGCUGGAUUUUGUCACGUGGGCUGUUCUCAAGGGAUGUCGCAUGUUUCAGCGUGUUCACACAACACGAAUGGGACUUGUUUCGACGCAAGCAAUACAGGCAUACGAUUUUGUUGCCGUUGUACCUACUUCCGCCACAUUGAGUUUACUCACAGUAUCUAAUGAUUUAUCGUUUCCCCUGAAGGUUUCUCCAGCGAGUCAUGGCAACAAGCUUGAGUUUUGGGACGAUCUUACCCUUGGGUCCUUUUCAUUUGUAGCGUACUUGGCGAAGGCGUUGCAGACUGGACAACCGCGGGGUAUUCGGAGCUACUUGGAUGUUCUACCGGUGGACCACAAUAUGCCUAUUGGUCGAGUAGCUGAUGCGGGACAGAUGACGAGGGGCUAUAGAGAAAUGGCAGCACCACUGAGGGGUGCUUCGGGGAGUCAGGCAACUGACUUUGAUGGAGCAUUCCGGCAUGCGUACUGUCUCUUCCGCCGGCAUGGCAUACCUUUUUGGAGUCACACAGAGGUUGGUGGCACGGGGCACCCUGAAUUUCAAAAUUCACCUUUUGUAGAGUCAGGUGGCGGUGAUAUCAUCGGUAUGGUGCCUGUUAUUGAUCUCGCCUCCCACUCUCCCAACCCCAAUGCGGCAAUUGGUUAUCCAGACGACGAUAUGCUCCAAUGGCUUGCGCAGGAGACGAGGUGUAGUGUUGCAAAGGACAAAAACUACUUUGUUAUGCAGGCGUUACGCGACAUUCAGAGUGGUGAGAUGAUUACCGUAAACAAAAACGCCUACUUUAAUUUUGAUGACGAUGCAUUUUACGCGUGGUUUGGUUUUCGGAACGAAUCUCAGCACCGGAAUGAUAAGGAGGAGGUUAUGGUUAGUGCAGGAAUUGAUCGCGAUCACGUGGUAGAUUCGUGA